AUGGAAGACAGAAUCGAAGAAUAUGAGGUUAAGCUAGCAAUAGAAAAGAUAGCAGAAGGUAAAUCACCAGGAGAAGAUGGAAUAACAUCUUCAUUCUAUAAAAUCCACCAACACAAACUAAUUCCAAUCCUCACAGAACUAUUCAACUUCUUUUUAAACAAUGAAAUUCCAACAGAAUUCAAGAACGGUAUCCUUACAUCAAUAUACAAAGGUAAAGGGGAUGUCUUGGAAAUCUCAAACAGAAGACCAAUAACGUUACUCAACGUAGACUACAAAAUCUACUCAAAAAUAAUCAACAAUAGAAUACUAAAAAUCCUGCCAAACAUAAUCUCAAAGUACCAGAACGGUUUUAUACCAGGAAGGCUACUCCACAACAACAUUAUAGCUUUGGAUUUAGCAAUGGAAAAGAGUGAUAGAAACACGAUAAUCACCUUUUAUGACUUCGAAAAAGCCUUCGAUUCAAUAUCUCAUAAAGCGUUAAUAAGGACUCUAAACCAUCUAAAGUUCCCUCGGAAAAUAACAAACACAAUACUAAGCAUGUUAACGAACACCAACAUAAGGGUCAUGGUAAAUGGACAACUCUCUGAAUCCUUCAGAGCAGGAAGAGGUACAAAACAGGGCGACCCAAUUUCACCAACUCUCUUCGCUAUAGUAUGUGAAUGCUUAUCAACAUCAAUAAGAAAAGACAAUACCAUAAUAGGCAUAAAACUCAAUCAGAACAAUUCGAUGAAGAUUGGACAAUAUGCAGACGACACAGUCACACUAGCCAGUAACAUAGAUGACGCAGAUAAAAUGGAUAUGAAAGUUAUAAAAUUUUGCCAAGCCACAGCAGCAAAAAUAAACGAUAAUAAAUGUGUGUGCAUCACUAAAAACCCAAAGAUAAAGACCAAAUAUAAGACAAUUGGGGCGAAAGAAGAAGAAAGAUAUCUUGGCUUUUUCUUCAACCGCAAAGGUGUAAUAAGCAAAGUAGAUGAUACGGUGAACAAACUGGAAAACCUCACAAAAUGCUAUUCGAGCGUGUCAUCAACGCUAAAAGGUAGAAUCACAAUCCUCAAAUCAUACCUGCUGUCCCAACUAACAUUCCAACUAUACAUCAACGAAAUAAAUGACAUAAAGAAACUGGAGAACGUUAAUGCCAACAUGUUAUUCAAAGGGGACAGGUGGGCUAUCUCAAAAGAAAGGAGCAGAAGAGACUAUGAAAUUGGAGGCCUGGAACUCUGGAAUAUGGCAACCAGAUCCAAUGCCCAGAAAGCAUGGAUAUACGAACAAUACCUCAGAGAAAAAGACGACCAGAACUGCCCUCCACAUAUGGAAGUCUGGAAGUCGGAAAAAGAAAACUCACUAUCAAGGAUUCACAUCAAAUGCUGGAAAGCCUGGAAGUUGUUGCACCACCCAAGAGAGCGAAUAACUCUCAAACUAAACCAAGUCAAACCCAAAUACGAAAACAAACAAAAAUUAAAAGUAAUCUAUAGAAACAUGAUGGAUAUCAAAUACAAGGGAUGGAACAAACACCAGCCAACAACAGGUCAAAAACUGAUUCAAAAGAACAUUAAUCACCCAAUUCUACCAUUCAGAGAAGCCAGAUCAAUCACAACUAUCAAAGGAAGAGACUUAGCAUGGAGAUAUCUACUCAAGGCACUUCCAAAACACCAUGGGGAGAAUUGCCACUCAUGUAAAGAAGAAGAAUCGUCUAUGCACAUCUUCUUCGAAUGCAAAUCAAUAAAACAGAAUAUCGACUCAAUCUAUCAAAAGGUCUGUAAAGACUCCAACAACACUUACCACGGUCCAUGGAGCGAAAAAGUUCUCGGAAAACUACUCACACCAUUCUCAUCAAAUCUGAUAGGAGCCAUUAUGGAAUCGAUAUGGUACAGAAGAAAUCAAAUAAAAUUCAACGAUAACACUACAAUAAUAACAGAGAACCAAAUAAUUCAUAAAAUCAAAAAAGCGAGAGAUGCCGAAUGGGAUAGAACAAGAAAGAUAGUAGAAAAACAACUACGUCAAGAACUAAGAUGCACUGAUAACCGAGAGUCAAUCAAUCGGACCGCAUCAAUAAAAAGAAGACUCGAAAAAUUCAGCCACAACUGGAACUCGAAACUCAUGACCAUAAACAUCCCGGAACACUUCAUACCAUACUGCUCAUAUAACACCAACUACUCAUAA